CCUUCAAAAGAAGUUGAGUGAGAUGUCCAGCAAUGUAUCAAAUCUUCAGAGAGAGCUAAAUGCAAAAGAAAUUGAGAAAAACAAGCUGCAAACCAAUCUAGAUAAAGUUAGUGACUAUGAGCAAAUUAAGGCUUCUCUACUUGAAAAAAAUAGUUCUUUGGAAGAAAAUCAAAGGAUAUCUGCUGAAAAAGAAACAGUACUUUCACAAUUGAAAGAAGAAAUCAAAGUAAUGAAAGAAAAAAUUAAAGACAUGAAAAAGGAUAGAGAAAAUCUUUUUUCUAAAAUCCAAGAUGGUGAGGGAGCCAGUGCUGCAAUGCAUCAGUUAAAAGAAGAAAAUACUCGUCUUCAAGAGCAGCUAAUGCAACAACAAAAUAUUGUAGGACAGAAUGCAACAAAAAGUGAAGAAAAACUGGUAGAAAUGCGAGCCUUGUUAAAAAGGACUAAUCAAGACCUUCAGGAGGCAAGCAAGAAAUGUAGCCUACUUCAAACUAGUCUAGAUGACGUUCAGUGCCAAAUUAAAAUUCUCGAGAAUGAUAAAGAAUCACUAUUAAAGGAAAUAGAAAUUAACAAAGAAACAUCAGCAGCUGAUAAAACAGAAAUUAGAACAUUAAAACAAGAGUUGGAGAAGAAAGAUAAAACUUUAGAAAUGAAAACUCAUCAAAUGGAAAAUCUCUCUCAGCAGCUAAAAGAUAUUAAGGAAUCGACAGCUAAAUUCAUGGAACAACUGAAGUUAGAAAAACAAAAUUUAGAAAGUAAGUUAACAAAGUCCAACCAAACUUUAACUCAGAUCCAAACAAGUCUAUCAGAAAAGGAAAAAGAAUAUUCUCAGAUUGGAAAGUUGCUUCAAGAAAAAGCUGAUGAACUAAAUGUUUUGGUUGAAGAAAAGCAAAUGAAAGAACAUGAACUUGACCAAAUGAAAGAAUCUUAUGAAGCUGCAUUGACAAAAGUAAACUCUCUGGAAGCAGUUGCCUCAGAAUUUGAAGCAUCUAAGGAAGAAUUCUGCUCUAAAAUUUCAUCUUUAAAUGAAGAAUUAGUUACAUGUCGUCUAGCUGAGGCUGAUCUGAAUGCAGCAUUAGAGAACAUGAGCAACCUGAAGAAUGACAUCACUGAAAAAUGCCAAUCUCUUGAAGAUGAAAAUAAAACCUUGCGACAAUCUGUUACUACUCUACAAAAUGAAAAGAACUCCUUGUUGAAUGAAAUUGAAGAAGGUAAAAAAUCGCUAUCAGACAUGAAGGAAACAUGCAAUGAGUUAUCUACGAAAGUAAUGGAUAUCACUGAAAUGUGUGAAAAAGAGAAGAGUAAUUGCACAAAGAUUCGGAAUGAAGCUAAUCUGGAAAAGGAUCAUUAUAUUAAAGAUAAAUUGAACCUCCAAAAACAGAUUGAAAGCUUAGAAAAUGACUGUGCUAAGCAAUUAUCACAAAAUCAAGAAACUAUAAAGAAGCUGGAAAAUCAAAUUGAAGAACUAGAAGAAAAAAGUGCAAUAUUAUUAUCAUCACUAGAUGAAACAAAACAAACACUUCAACAACGAGAAUCUGAUAUUAAGGAAAAAGAAGCUCAACAUGUUGCAAAAGUAGAUGUUUUCACACAAAAUAUUAAAAUACUAAGGGAGGACCUAUCAGCGGAACAAAAGAAAAGAGAAAGUCUUGAACAAAAAUAUGAUGAAAUUUGUGGCACAAAAUAUGAACUUGAUGCAAAACUUGAGAAUGCUAUUAGUGAACGAAAUACACUGUUAGAAAGAUGUGUGAAAAGUGAAAAGGAGUGUGAAAGACUGCAAAAGAAUUCUGUUGAUGUACAAAGAAAAUACAAUGACUGUGUUGCAGCUCUGCAAGAACUAGGCCGUGAAAAUCAAACACUGCAAGUUGAAAACAUGAAGCACAUUACUCGUAAAUGGGCUGAUGAUUCUGAAGUUACACAUUGCACAGCUUGCGGUAAACUAUUUACAGUCACAAUAAGAAAACAUCAUUGUAGGAACUGUGGAAACAUUUUUUGUAAUGAAUGUUCUGCUAAAAGUGCCACUGUUGCAUCGUCCAAAAAACCUGUCCGAGUGUGUGAUGUCUGUUUUGUAGAAGUUACUAAGUGAUAAAAAUUUUCCAUUUAGAAUGCUACAGAAAGUUUUUAUGUGUGGAUGCUGAAGAGAUUACACAAUGUGGGUUGUUUCCAAUAUUGUUUCAAAAAGAAUUGUAUAUUCAAGUUCAUAAGAAAAAUUAUUUAGAUGUAUGCAGUUCAUAGAAUUAUUCAAUUAUGAAGUUUUUAUCUCACUCCAAAAUAUUACAAAACCCAUUAUAUGUUCAUUCAAAAACAUAAAAUUUUCCUAGCUGUAAUUUUUAAAGAAAAAGCUUCUUUUUUUUUUUUACUGAUAUAAGGAACAAAUAAUAGACUUGCCUUACCAAAGUUUAUGUGCUCCCCCCCCCCCUAUUUUUAUUUCAGUUAUUUAUUCAUUUUAAGCAUUUGACUUUAAAAGCAGUUUAUCAAUUUUAUAAAUCAGUUUAAUCUAUGUUAAAUUGUUCUUUAAUAAAACAAUUCUAUCCCUUUUUGAAAAAAUGAUUACCAAAAUCAGAUAUUUUACUGUUUUUAUAUCGAAAACUAAAGUAAAGGAAAAUACUUAAAGAAAAAGAAUAUUUGAAUUGCGAAAUCAGAGACAUACUGUUUUUUGCUAGCAUCAGAUACAUAAUAAUAAGCUAAAACAGUUUAAUAGAAGGUAUUUUUAAUCACUAACUUUUUUUAGAUUGCUCUUCCUUUUUUUUAUAUGUAUUUAUUUAAAUACAUAAAUAAGAGAUGUCUUUUUUAUCUCUUACAAAAUAUUUGAAAAGCUAUUGAACUGAUUUUGAAACCAGAAGCCACAAUUUGUUUAUUAUAUUCUUGACAAUUAUAACCAAGCAUGCUUGAUGUCAAAUAAGUGUAAGGAUCUGUGUUAAAUUCUCUUACAUUAACAUUUCUGAACUAAUUUUUCAGUCGCUCAAAUAAAGUUUAAAAAUCUCAUUUUUACUACUUUAUCUAUGUAAGUUAUGAGCUCAUGCAAUUAUUAAAAUAUGAAAUUGUACUCCGUGUGUUUCUAUAAAGCAUACAAAUAAAUUAUUGUAUAAGCAAUUGGUUCAAACAUUAUAGCCUUUUAAAAAAACUAUUUCAUAUAACCAUCAUAAUUUACAAGAUGUCCUAAAAUGUGACAAAGAAUUAAUGGCAUAUAACAUUGUAUGACAUUAAAUAGUUAAUUUGAAAUGUUCAAUAAUUACUUCAUAUUCUAUUGAAGAUAAGGUGUAAUUACACAUUUACUAACUUUUAUGAAUAGCUAACAUUUAUUAAUUUAUUUCAGUUUUUAGUUUAUCUUUAAAUAUUAAUAAUGAUAUUUACUGUUCUACAUCAAUAUUUUUAACUACUCACUCUUUUGAAUUGUUUAAACAAUUUUAUUGAUUAAAACAAUCAAUAAAAUUGUUUAAACAAUCCAAAAGAGUCAGUAGUUAGAAACAUUGAUGUAGAACAGUAAAUAUCAUUAUAAAAAGUAAUAAAAAUUACUUUUGAUAAGAUUUUGUGUUUUUUUUUUUUUUUCAUUUGUUUGAGAUUAGUUCAUUAUUUUAAAAAUCUAAAUUUAUAGUCAGAUAUUCAAUAAAAUGUAGAUUUGAAUAGCUAAUAGAAAUAGUUAAUUAAGGUUUAUGUUACAUUUAAGUUACACUGUCUUAUAAACUUAGGAUAAUUAAAAUAUCCAUUUGUGUUUGACUUCUUUAUCUCUUUUUACCAUAUGGUAUACACUUUUGUUUUUAUACUUUUGUUCUGCUUUUUGUUAUUGUUUUAUGUAACAAUUUUAUAACUACUUACUGUUUUUAUGCAAAAUGUUUACCACUCCUGCUUUGGGGAAAAUGCUUGCCAGUAUUUUUGUUUAGUUUCACACUGUUAAGUUUGGCAGCUGUUAAAAUACACUGUAUUUUAACCUCCUAUUUUUCUUGAAAAUGUUUUUUUAUUAUUUUUUUUGCCAUUAAAAAUACGUUUUAUUACUUUUAAUACAUCAAUAGUCUUUUAAAUAAACUAUUAAAUUGCUGUGAAAUUACAUAUUGUUUUGUGUAAGUCAGGUUUAUUUUAUUUUUGUAAAUGUUUGUAAGAAUAAUAUAGAUUAAAGCAGCUUAGUGUUUAUGUAUCGUAACUUAUAGUACUUUUGAAGUAUAUUAUUUUUCAUAAAAUAUUUUAUAACUGUUUGGCUCUUAGAACACUCUAUCUAGUCAGAGAUAACCAUUCCAGUUUGACUAUUGUAUUAUACUUGCAGUUUGUUUUUCUUGCAAAUAACAAAAAGGGUUUUAAUUUGCUUAGUACUUUUCUUGUAAUAUUAAAAAAAUAUUUAUAAGUUUUUUUUAUAAUAUGUGCUAAAUUUUUUCACUGAGUAAAAUUUUAUAAUAAAAAAUAGAUUCAAUUACGAAAGAAAAUACCGAAAAUUUGAUUUUAAAAUAUUGAAUUUUUAAAAAAAAAACAUAUAUUACUAAAUUUUAACUUGUAUAUUAUGCAUCUUUAACAUGAAACUUUCUGCUAAUAUUUUUAAAUAUUUGUAAAAGAACGUCUACUUCAUAUUUAUUUAUUUCUUUUACUGUAAUAAAUCAAAAAAAUUUCAUAAAUUUACUUAGUCAUUUUCUAUAAUUUUAUUCAAAAAUAAUUUUUAGCCUACAGUUUUAAAAAACAUAUUUAUUGCCGAUUCAUGACAAUUUUUUUAUUAUAUUGUGAAUUAUGAAGUUGUUUCUUAUGUCUUUGGUUGUAUAAAGCUAAAAACUUGUUUCUUAUGUUUUUCAUUGAGAGUCUUUCAACAUUUUUAGAAUAAAUAUUGAAUUUAUCAUUAUAGAUCUUUAAGCCCUAUAAUGGGAUGCCACAUUUUUCAAAUCAUUCAAGUGAGUGUUGAUGAUCAAAAAUAUCACAAUUUCCACUUAGAAAAAAAUAGUUCCCACAUAUUGUGUGUUGUAAUUUAGUGAAAACAUACAAGGUACCUAUCUGGGAACAAUGCUAAGGAACAAUUGAGUGUAAAAAAUGUCUCCUUCCAGAAAAGUGUGGUUCCUCAGUGUAUUGCCUAAACUCUUCAAAAUAUUUGUGACUAACUAAUACCUUACAAAAUUUUUAUCAGCUAUUAUUCUCUUAUUUACUGUGUGUAGCAUUUUUUCAUGUUUUAUUAUGGUGCUCUUUUUUUAUAUUUUUCAUUGAAAAAACUUUUAUGAUUGUUGCGUUUUGUAAAUUUUUAUGGAAGAUGUGUAAAGUAAGCAAUGUUUAUUAUUUAAACUAUGAAGUAAUAACUUUUCCACUUUUGAACAUUAUUGUAAAUAAAAUAAAAUUUAUAAUACAACCUU